CGGCAGCCGCUCCGCUUCCUGCGGGCCGGGGCGCUCCCGGCCCUCCGCCUCGGAGCCGGCGCCCGGCGGAGAGUGCUCGGCUGGUGCCGCCUGCACCCCGAGCCCAGCCCCUGCGGGCGGAGGCCGUCUAACGCUUCCAGAAGGAUGCUGGAGAGCGGCUGUAAGGCGGUGAAGGAGGGCAUGCUGGAGAAGAGGAGCGACGGGCUGCUGCAGCUCUGGAAGAAGAAGCGCUGUAUCCUUACCGAGGAGGGGCUGCUCCUCAUCCCCCCCAAGCACCCCCCGCCGCAGCAGCAGCAGCAGCAGCAGCCGGCGCCGCCGGCCGAGCCGGCGGCCAAGAUCAAGGAGCUUCACUUCUCCAACAUGAAGACGGUGGACUGCGUGGAGCGGAAGGGCAAGUACGUGUACUUCACGGUGGUGAUGGCCGAGGGGAAGGAGAUCGACUUUCGGUGCGCCCAGGAGCAUGGCUGGAACGCGGCGAUCACGCUGCAGAUGGUGCAGUACAAGAACCGCCAGGCCAUACUGGCCGUGCGCUCCACCCGGCAGAAGCAGCAGCUCCUGGCUGCGCCCCACGGGUCGCGGCUCCGCGGCGCCUCCAACUCCGCCUAGCGCAGGUACGGACCCGGCUCCGCGCCCGCCGCUCCGGCACCGCGGGGCUGCCCGCCCCGGCCGCCGCCUCCUCGCCUGACGGGUGCCCCGUGUGCUCUCUGUCUCA